ACGAUUAGCGUUCACUAAAGCAUGACAUGAGUAUUCAACAAAAGCUCUAUAGUGCUGUUUUUACAGCAGGACUAAAGCCAGAAAGCUUGUUUUCUAUGAUGCAACAUCCAUGUGAAAUUGACAUUAACAAAGUGAAGCCAGGGUUCGAUACUGUACUGUAAAUGAACCGGCCCCUUUGCCCCUCACUGUAGUCAAACAGAGCGGGGCAAGGGGCCUGGAGUGUAUCUUUCGUUUGCUCAACGGGUUUGCAUAUGUGAUAUGAUAUAGUACAUAGAGUUCAUUGUCUCCCGUGUGUACAAAAGCACAGUGCAAAUAAGAGUGCACUGUAAAAAACAGGGGUCAGCUGGGGUUUUUGGUCAAAGCUCUCUUGGUUCUUCGACUCUCAACACACAAAGACACGUGUUGCAUGCUGCCCAUCAUAUGAGUUUAGGUUCCUGCCGCCUUUCAGCAAACACGCACACACAAAGUAUGCUCUUAUCUUUCAAACUCAAAGGCAGUCAGACUGCAUUACAACACAGCUUAGCAGAUCCUGUAAUUUACAGUAAAGUUGUCGAUUUCACAGUGAACUUUACAAAGAAGAAAAAAAACAGUUACAGGAAUCUGAAGAUAGAAAAAAGGGCACUGUGUUGAAAUGGGAAACUCCUUCAACCUCUUGUGUCAUAACUACUGAAACGAGGAUCUCAGGGCAGAAAAUUCCUAACACCUCCGGCCCCCCUCAUGCACCUACUGCACCCUGAGCGACGUAUGUGAACCCUGUCACCUCUAAGAAUAUUGUGCAACAAGUUAACCCAAUAUGUUUGUGUUACUUGAAGGUUAUUUUAAUCUAUACACAACUCUAUAUGGAAAGUGCAUCACGUUUGAAUGAUCAAGCCAAUUCUCUCUGUCUAGAUAUAUUAUUGUAGAUCACCAUGGGUAACACUUUACAAUAACAAUAACUCAUAAAAGCCUCACCCUUACCCUAACUUUACAAUAACCAUCGAAGUAAUGUUUAUAGGUGGUUUAUAUACCACUUAUUAAUCAUUUACAAAGUAUGACAAACAUCAGUUGUGACUUUACAAGAACCAUCUCAGUAAUGUUUAUAGAUGGUGUAAAAAACAAAUAUUAACCAUUUACAAAGUGCUACUGACACACAUUUUAAUCUAGAUGUUUUACAACUAAUAUUUAAACCCCACAUAAACCUUUAAUAGUCUAUUAUUAAUUAAUGAAAACUAUUAAUCAUAGUUUCAUUGCUUGUGAAUGGUAAACUAUUAACUUACAUUAGUAAACUAUCUAUUUGCCAUUUAUAAUUGGUCUUUAUGCUGUUUUAAAAUGAUGAUUAAACUAUCUAUUUACCAUUUAUAGAUUAUGGUUAUUGUAAAGUGUUACCUCACCGUGCUUUGGUUUGUUUACUGUUAUUUUCUUCUGCUGCAGGAUCAGUUUGAGGCAAAACAUUCAGCUACUUAUUUGUUAUGAACAGAUGAGCUCGUCACAGGGGGGCGGGGCGAACGAGGUCAGAUGGUGACGAUGGUUAUGAUGGCGAUGAUGAUGAUGAUGAUGCCCGAACUGCUAUGUUGUGUGAAUGCCGAUAGGAGCUUUCCUUUGGACGGCAGAGAGAGAGAGGGGGGCGGUCUCAAAAUCACACACACACACACUCACACACACACAAAAAGGGCCUCGCUGGUUCAUGUGAGGAUAGGGACCGUCCCGAGCUGAACUCAACGUUACAAAUAGGAGCUGCGCGAUUCCAAGUGGAGCAGAGUGGAUAUGCGCCACACAUGAUAAUAUUGAGUAAUAGCGAAGGAGUGGAUCUGCAGAGUGAACAGACAGACACAACAACCGGACGUACACUUCAGGAGUAAACCAGCGGAGAGAAACUCACAAUCUACCGGUAAAGUUUUGUCUUUUACUCUAUUUAAAACACUUUUCCUUUAUUUCUUUAAAAGUUUAUUCAUGAUAUUAUCUGCUUAUUGGGUUUCAUUAUGCGUAAAGCUACAGGAACAGGAAAGACGCUGCGUUGGGAUAAGGCAUGCUCCCAAAUCAAUUCUCAUUUUCGCGCUUUGAAUCCAAAAUAGUGACCAUAAACGCAACACAAUUCAUAUAGUAUGGGCUUUAAAUGCGUAUACAGUAUAUAUACUGUGAGCUUUAUUUGCUUAUUGGGUUUCAUUCUGCGUAAAGGAAAGACGCUGCGUUAGGAUAAAGCAUGCUCCAAAUCACUAUUCAUUCUUGCGCUUUGGAUCCAAAAUAGUGACCGUAAACACAACACAAUUCAUAUAGUAUGGGCUUUAAAUGCGUACAUUAUGUCGGUAUUUAAAGAUACUAUGUUGAACGUUGUUGCAUCGUGUUGAAAUGUAGGUUACGCCACGCUAUUAUUAGCCGACUGUACUCGCCCCUUUUUAUUGUUUCGUUAAAUGCAUUUUCCCUUGCGCACAGAAAGUCCUCAUUUCACUCCGCUGAAAAUAAGACUAACUAGCAUAAUCAGAUUAAGGCAUCAUUUCAAAUUAAAGAUAAUGUGUUAAAUCCCUGUUGAGUGAAAUUGAACUGUCAUGCGUAUGCCGGUGACAGAAGUAGAGCAGUCAGGUCAGCUCAUGUAACUGACCGGAGAUCAGCAUGUCCCUGUGGGUCAGAGCUGAUGAGCAAGCAGGGGCUUCUGUGUUCAUGAUAAAGAUGUUAAAUGAAAAAUUGCAUCAUGAUUAUUUUUCUAUAGGUGUCUAAUAAAAAUCUAGGUUGUGAUAAAAACAGGUUGGUGUUACAUAUAGUCUGGAUUUGUCUAAGCUUCUUUUCAAAAUCGCUGCGCUGAUCAUAUAGUUCCGUCAGAAAUCUGCUCUCUGAUUGGCUUUUGUGUCUGAAUCACACAUUGCCCCAUAUUGAACGUAUAAUGACGCAUACAAGGUUAUGGUACAAAUUGCUCCCGUUUUAUUGGAGAGAUGUAAUAGGGUUACAUAAUAUUGUGUUGUAAUGUCGCUUGCGUAACCACUAAAUCCUUCUCCUUGUUUCUUCUUGCUGCUUUCGUCCACUAGGUGGCAUUGUUGUUUGCAUCCUGAGAGAGUAGGAGUUCUCUAUACUGAGUGAAGAGUAACAGUCACCCACUGACAGGCCAAAUGUUUGAGGAGGAGUCCCAGAUGAGGGGCCAGCAGGAUAUGGCAGUGCUCCAGACUCUGGAUUCACCAGCACCAGUGACCUCAAGCGGGGGAGGAGGGUCAGGACCCAUGUCCUUCACAGACGAAGCCGUGUCCAUCCUGACCUCCAGCAGCCUCCUGGCUCGCUCCCUACUGGGUCGCAGCUCCGCCGUCAAACGAAAAGAGAGCCCAUCCUCCAGUACGCGUCGCAAGCGCGAGUUCAUCCCCCUUGACAAAAAGGAUGAGGGCUACUGGGACAAGAGGAAGAAGAACAACGAGGCAGCUAAGCGCUCAAGGGAGAAGAGGCGUGUGAAUGAUAUGGUUCUGGAGACUCGUGUUCUGGCUCUGCUGGAGGAAAAUGCUCGUCUCAGGGCUGAGCUGCUGGCUCUGAAGUUCCGCUUUGGCUUGGUCAAAGAUCCGUCCAGCCCCCCUAUUCUGCCUCUUGCUACAACUCCCAAUCCCAACGCUCAAACUGUGACUCCUCAUUAUUACCUCCAGAGAGGAGAGGGAGGCCUCCCCAACCCCUCCGCCUCACACCCUACCUCCCAGGCAAGCCAGAUGAACAGCAGGGUAUCCAGGGACGCUGGGAACAUGUCAGAGGACUCUGGGUUUUCUACACCAGGUGGGUCCAGUGUGGGUAGCCCGAUCUUCUUCGAAGACCGGCUGAGUGACCACGGGAAAUUAUCACCACACAGAGCAGAUGAGGUGGGCUAUGACCUCCAUCACUCUCCUGUUGAUGUCCAUCACACUGCAGGGCUCAGCGGGGGGAGGUUGGACCAGGCUGAAUCCAUGAAAAACCUCCCUCACAAGUUACGCUUCAAGAUUCCCGGCAGCGGGGAGGCAUUUGAUGCUACAGCAGACAAUAACAGCGCCAGGCGUAGCCCAACACUGUCCACAGGAGGACGGGAAGGUCAGAGAGAGGUCAAUAAAGGACUCAGUGGGGGUGAUAUGGGAGCGGGGCACUGCAGCAGCUGGCUUCAGCAGCUGGAGGGGGAAGACGGCAGGAGGGGGAGGCUAUCUCCUCCAUACAACACCUCCGCUUCCGGGUACAACCUCCAGAUUUCUCCUGCUGCACAAGGACAGACAGAGGUCCAGUACAAGAGCGAGAACACUCACCUGAAGUCCCAGCUUAACUCUCUGAGCGAGGAGGUGGCUCAGCUGAAGAAGCUUUUCACAGAGCAGCUCAUGGCCAAAGUCAACUGAGGACUGAGGCUGUGAGUCAGAGUCUGUCGACGUCAGGACUUUCUUUUUUUAAACUCAGUGAGCACAAGAAAGGCGAGAGAGAUAAAAACUCAACUGUCAAGUUCAACAAACUUUCGUAACAUGCUGAUUUUGGUUCAAAUACUGUAUCGUUACAUGCAUCUCAUAACCUGCUGUUUUAAAACUACUAAAUCUCAGCACCAGUCAGUGUUGCUCAGACGGAAGGUCUUAUCUGUGAUAGUGUAAAGACGUCAUUAGUGUCUCUGUUCCAUACACUGUGAUAACUAAAAACCCAACAAUAAAGAACUGUUUACAUGACACCAUUAAAAUACAGGACCCAGCACUCUCUCACUCACUCACUCACUCACUCACUUCACAUCGACAAAACAGGUUCAGGUGGUUCUGAGGCCUCCAGGUUGUAAACAAACACGGAGGAAGUGAAAUAUUUGUUUUGCAUCGCUAAAACAUGACAGGUACAGACGGUUAAUACAGACCAUGACCAAACAACUAUCUAUCAAAUCUUAUUCUACACUAAAAGUCUGUUUUUCACUGUCGAAACACAACUUCUGCUCCUUUAUCAGUACUUGUUUUGUGUCGUGUCAAGGACCUCCUCACUGUUACAUGUCCUGUGUGAUGUCUUUCACAUUUCACUUCGGUUUCUGUCUAUGCCUGGUUUGCAUAUAUUUUAUAACUGCCAUGUUCUUAUUUUUUGGUGAUAUUAAGGAUUAUAAGUCUACUUUUUCUCUGUGUAUUUUGAAAAUAAAAUAAUAACUUGACAUUGUG